UUGAAAAGGAAUCGAGGACGCUGCCUGCUUGAGGCCGCCUUCUCCUUCUGCGGGCCACAUGGUAGGGGAGGGCGGGGCCAGAGGUAAAAGCAGGCGGAGCAACGCAUGCACAUUUUUACCUGUGUGCACUAGGCUUGUACGCACCCCGCAACCAUCGAGGCGACGUCCGAGUGAACGGAGACCCCUUCCCAGCCCGGCAAAAAGGGGGGGUGCAAAGCAGCGCCAGUGAGGGGUGUGACCCGUUUGGCCCCCAGGCUUGAGGUUCCCUACCCAUGCUUUAAAUAACUGAUGCACCCUCCCCUGAAGAAGGCACCCCAAUAGUCCCGGGACUCUUAACCGCGCAGGGGAGAGCCCGUCUGAAGCGCCUGCGCCGUCCGCCUUCCGCUGACGGGCGGGCAAAGCUUCUCAGGCGCGGGCACGCCGCUCACACAGCCGUGCGCACGCCGCUCACACAGCCGCGAGCACAUCCUUCCGGGUUGCCUCUCCCAGGCCGCGCAGCAACAGCGCCUCCUAGCGCUCGCCCGCUUGGCACAAGAUCGCUAGUCCGCGCUUGCGUUUCGCGUCUGGCAGCUUCACGCGGGAUGACUGCGAACCCCGAAGGGGGAAAGGGGGAGAAACGUCCUUCCGAUUGGUUCACCCCGCACCGUUCAGCGCGUUUCCACGUCACUUCUUUUCUUUAAAAAAAAACCCGACGACGACAAAGUCGCGCAGCGGGCGGCAGAGAGCGUCAACCACUUUCAUUGCGACGGUAUCCCUCGUCUGGAGGAGCUGACCUAAGUCUGUGGGGGUCCCAACCCGGCGGGGCUGUUGCGGAAUAAAUGCGUGCCCACCCGCAACGGUUCAUAGAAUCCUAAAAGAGGUCGAGUGGGAAGGGACCCAUAAGGCCACCGAGUCCAACCCCCUGCUCAACGCAGGAAUCCAGCUUGAACUGUCCCCAGCAGGAGGCUGUCCAGCUGCGACUUGAACGCCUCCAGGGUUGGAGAGCCCACCACCCCCUGAGGUCACUGGCGCUGAAAAGCUGGCGUGCGCUCUCAUGUGCUUGAAGUGAUGUGAGAAUCUGACCACACUGCCUAAGAUGUUUUCAGCUAUCGCUUAAGAGCGAGGAAAACUGGCUGGCUGAGCGGCAAAGAUCCCUCCCAGCUCUCUCCUUUAGCCAGGCGGCCAGAGGGGUCAAGGGGAGAGGAGAGGAGGGGAGGGGGUUGACCGUCCUGCCCCUAGCUGAGCAGACUGCGCCCUCCCCCGCGCCCUCCGGCAGAUGAGGAGGGCCCUGCCUGAACCGCCUUACGCUGCCAGGCUGGGAUCAAGCCGGAACUUGCCUGGGACGACGCGCCAUGUGCAGGCAGGCAGCAUGCCUGGCCUCUCCCUUCCUGCUCUGCGGCCCUUGCCACACCUGGCUGCUCCUUUUCCCCUCCCCUUGCAGCCGGAGCAAGCCAUGGGGGCGAACAUAGCGCCCCCCAGCCCCGCAUGAACGGCCAGCCGGGAGCUUGCCGGACAGCCUCUGCUCUGAGCGGGCAGACGGGCGAGCCAUGCGCACCAACCAGGUCAUCAAAUACACCCUCUUUGCCUCUUGCUACCUCUUCUGGGUAGCGAGCGGACUCAUGCUGGCCGUCGGGACCUACGCCAGGCUCUCCAAGGAAGCGGGCGCUGUUGACUCCCUGUUGGCUGAUCCCUCCAUCAUCCUGCUGGCGGUGGGGAUCCUGAUGUUCAGCAUCACCUUUGCUGGGUGCCUGGGGGCCUUGCGCGACAUCACCCUGCUACUGAAAAUGUUCACCUGGCUCCUGCUCGUCAUCUUCAUUCUGCAAGUGGUGGCUGCUGUCCUGGGCUUCCUCUUCUCCGGCAUGGUGAUGGAGAAAGCCACGCUGCUGAUGGGCCAGGCCAUCUCUCACUACCGCAACAACCUUGAUUUGCAGAAUCUCAUUGACUACAUCCAGAAGAAGUUCAAGUGCUGUGGGGUUCACUCCUACAAAGACUGGUCCCAGAAUGUUUACUUCGACUGCCAGGAUUCCAACCCCAGCCUGGAGCAAUGCGCUGUCCCCUUCUCCUGUUGCCUGAAAAAAGAGGCCGUUCUAAACACGAUGUGUGGUUAUGGGACGCAGAGCCUGAAGGCCUGGCAGGCAGAGAACCUCAUCUACACAGAGGGCUGCUUGGAGAAGACAGUCCGCUGGGGAAGGAGCAACCUGUUGCUGGUGGCCGGGCUAGCCUUUGGGCUGCUAGUCCUGGAGGUCGUUGUCUUCUCCUUGGCCGUCCUCCUCAUUUACCAGAUUGAUUUCAUCAUCCAGAAGCGCCGCAGCACGAGGAGGAGCUGCCCAGAGAAGUGAAGAUUUGCUCAUCUUUGUGGUGCCACAACAAGACUCUUCUGCAAACCGCCGUGGGUGGGAAUUCAGUUGCAUAUGAGCAAAUUCCAGCAGAUUUGGAGCUCUUCUGCAACAAACCCACCAGCCGUUUCCUCCCCAAAACUGGACGUUCCACAGAGAGGACAAUGCAUUGGAAAGUGUCGGAUGGCGACUGCUUGACACGUCAUCUAACCUCCCUGCAAACCAAUCAGAACAAAUUCUCCAUAAACCAUUGAUGUCCACUUUGUGCAAACAAAUCCAGGCAAAUGCUCAGGUACCACCAGGCUGUCUUUUGGAGGCCACCUGUGUUGAUGCGGCUGCCACAGACAGCCACAUGUCUCGCCCCUUCUGGAAAGAGGAAGGGGGAUUCAGGAAGAAGGAACGACUGCUGUGAAUAUUCAGAAGGCCAGCCCCCCCUGCCCCCGCUCCCCAGGCACCAGACACAGCACAUUAAAGUUGGGAAUGCCUCCACUGAGCAAGAGUUGUGGCCUGAGAUAUUAGUAGCCAUCAUAUUAUGGCUGUAUUUGUCUGUGGUGGAACAUGGUAGGUCAAGGACCCCACCCACACUGCACAGGGGCUCAGUUGUGAUGACUCUGAAAGAAAAGGCAUUCUGCACAUGACACCUUGUUGUCUGACCGCUUUCCUCUAAACAAACUAAAGGCUGUGAGUAAAGUGAUGCAUAAAACAAAAGUCAAAGGAGCGUGAAAAGAGGGACCUUCCUCGCAAGGCCGACAUUGCAAGUCUCUCAAAGCAGCAAUAACCCUUUCCUCUUGAGAGCAACUUGAAGUGGUUUUAGUCAUUGUUUGGAUGAUGCAAUGCAAAUAAUUGCUUUUGCCUAUUAUUAUUGUUGUUCUCUACUGGGUUGUACUCAACUAAAGUAAACUUACUGAAAAUUAA